AGGCGUUGCCGCCCACUCGUUUGCGCCUCGUGGGGACCCGAGACUGAGUAGGGUGUCAGCAGCUCCCGGGACCGUCGCGGCGAGCGCUGGCGACGAGCGCGCGCGCCUCCUUCCUCGCCGCCUCCUUGGCGCCGUCCGGCCUCGGCAGGGAGCGCUGCCGCGCCUCUGUUCCCGCGUCCUCCUCCGGGUGGCGCCCGCAGAGUUGACGCUCGCCAUGGAAACGGGGCGCGGCCUCCGAGCUGCGCGGGGACCUGGUUUGGGGACCGCCGCCGCUCGGCCGUCCCCGCGCUGGACCGCGGGCAGCCUCGAGGCGGGAGCCCAGCUCGGCUGAUCGGCCAGAAUGCAGCCCCGGGGAGGCCUUGGCGUCGGCCUUCCCUUGGGGUGACGCAAGAGACCGCUGGUUCCAGGAAAGGCUAUGACUGUGAGAAUCUCCCAGUGAGAAGGAUGAGUCCAGAUGUGCCUCUGCUGAAUGAUUACAAGCAGGACUUCUUUCUGAAGCGCCUUCCACAGACUAUUCUUGGAGGCCCUCGACUCAGAUUAGGGUAUUGGGCCCCUCCUUACAUAUAUGUUAAUCAGAUUAUCCUUUUCCUGAUGCCAUGGGUUUUGGGUGGUUUAGGAACACUUCUGUAUCAACUAAGUGUCCUAGAAGACUAUCUCACAGCGGCCCUUUCAGGUGGACUGAUGCUUGUUGCUGCGCUUGUCGUCCAGUUCACAAGUGUAAAGGCCAAGACCAAGUCAGUGACAGUGGAAAGAAUGCUCACCACAGAUGUCUUAGCAGAAGAAGACGAGCAUGAGUUUACAAGUUGUGCUGGUGCUGAGACUGUCAGAUUUCUAAUUCCGGGCAAGAAAUACGUAGCCAAUGCAGUUUUUCAUUCUGUUCUUGCUGGAUUGUUAUGUGGUCUUGGAACGUGGUAUCUGCUCCCAAGGAGACUGACCUUGCUGUAUGGCUGUGCAGGAGGCACCGCUCCAUUAUUUAUCUUUGGGUGGAUGACGCUGUGUAUAGGAGAAUAUUCAUUAAUUGUAAACACACCUAUGGAGACUGCAACUUUCCAAACCCAGGAUACCUAUGAAAUCACUCCUCUCAUGAGACCUCUUUAUAUCUUUUUCUUUGUUUCUGUGGACCUUGCACACAGAUUGCAGCUUUCUCUUUCCCAGGUUACUGUCCAGGUAUAAAUGUAUAGGCAUGUUAUGAACUGAAUGUUUGUGCUUCUCUUUCCUCAUUGCCAAAUUGUUAUGUUGAAUUGCUAAACCCAAAUAUGAUGUUACCUGGACAUGGGAGGUAAUUAGGUCUUGAAGAUGGGGCCCUACUCUAUUGGGAUUCAUGCCCUUAUAAGAGAAACAAGAGAGUGCGAUCUUUCUCUGUUCACCAUGUGAAGACACAGCAAGAAAGUAGCCAUCUGUAGACCUAGAAGAGUACCCUCACCAAAACCCUGACCAUACUGGCAGCCUGACCAUGGCCUUUUAGCCUCAACAAGUGUGAAAAAAUAAAUUAAGCCAGCACCAUGUUCAUGGUGUUUUGUUGUAUCAGCCCAAGAUUUUAGUAUAAAGAAAAUUUGCUGGUACACUGGUACACUGCAGCAAAUGCUUAAAAAUGUGGCGUGGCUUUGAGACUGGAUAAUGAAUGGGUAGAAGGUGGAAGAUACUUGACAGUCAUCCUAGAUAAUAGAGAUGGUAAGGCUAGUUCUGAUGAGAUCACAGAGGGAAAUAGGGAACAUGUUAUUUGAUAGUGGAAGGAAGGUAACUUCUGUUACAAAGUGGUAAAGAACUUGACUAAGCUGUUCUAUUACUUCUUAGAUGGUAGAAGUUAAAUUGAUAAAAUUGGAUAUUUA